GUGCCUGUGGUACAUGCAUCAUUAUUAUACAGUACAAAUAAAUAAUAUCGUAACGUUAUUAUAUCAGUCUCUUAGAAACUAAAUCGAUCAACAUUCGUGAAAUAAAAAUAACGUAUAAAUAAUAUAAUAACGUGUCGCCUCUUCUCGAGUAUUAUAAAUAAAAAUUAUUACGUCAAGAACUCAAGAUUAAUUCACGAAUAAUCUGCCUUGUAGAACACUCAAUUAUUCGAUUAAUAUUAUGCAUUUAUUUAACUGUAAGAAUCAGAUCAAUUUUCAAACUUUCUAACUAAUUUUCUAACUAAAGGUACGCGUGGUUCAUGACUACCAUGGGAUUUGCUAAUAUCGGUAAUCUGACAGUGAUGGCAAUGGAGAGAUUCCUACUAGUCGCAUAUCCGAUGAAGAGAUUAUCAAUAAGGCAUGCUUACAUAUUGGCGUUCUUGGUCUGGAUAUAUGCACUCUCCUUGUCGUUACCGCCAUUCUUCAAUUGGGGAGCUUACGGCCUGGAGGCAGGUAACAUAUCCUGCAGCGUAUCCUGGGAAAAACGCGAUCCUGAAACACACAACGACACUUACAUCGGAUUCUUAUUCGUUUUCGGAUUCUUCCUUCCUAUCAUAAUAAUCACGAGUAGUUACUGCGGCAUAAUAAAGACUUUGAAAAACACAGGAAAACUAAUUGGUGCGAGAAAUAGGCGGGAGAAGAAAGUCACUAGAAUGGUAUACUUAAUGAUUCUGGCUUUUUUAAUUGCUUGGUUGCCGUACGCCGUUCUUGCGCUCGCGACCCAGUAUUUCAAUGUGCAACCCUCCCAUACCGUUGCGUUGUUGCCAGCGCUUUUCGCGAAGUCCUCCAUCUGCUACAAUCCCAUAAUAUAUGCGAUUAUGACUGUCCAGUUCCCCAAAAUUUGGAAGAAAAAUGUUUUCCAUCAAUCGAAACGUUAACAACAAGCAACAGUACGGAAACGAACUUGGAAGGAGAUAAAGGCGAGGAAUAUCAACCGUUUUACAGCCAAAUUGGGUAGAAAGAUAUAAUAAUAUACAGGGUGAGGCAUUUAAAACUGUUUUUCAGAAUAUUUGGAA